GUCUUGCCACACGCUGACUGGCCCAUCAGCUGCAUGAAGACCCAUUGUGUCUGUUUUGCCCCUCCAGUAUCGAUAGCAGACUAGCGUGAAAAGAAAAAGUGUAGAGAAGAGCGAGCAAGAUGAGGGACGAUGCCAUCACUCUCGGCUUCUCCCUUUCACUGCUUCUCUCGAAUUUCAAAUCGUAUAUAGACUGCAAACUAUUCUCUCCAUCCCUAGACGAAUUUCUUCUUUUUUCCCCUUACCACCUCACGGCCCUACUCUCUCUCUCCCUCUCCAUCUCCCUUUCCUCCUCUCUUGGUUCCUCUCCGCCCCUCCCCCGCAAUCCCACCCAUUCAUCCUCCCUUCCCUUUGCAUCCGGCUAUACUACCACGGCACCACUGCUGGAGGCCACCACUCCCGCAGUAAUUGUCUCAUCGCCUCCUGAGGCUUCAUUUCCACCCUGUUUUCUUUUUCCAAGGACCUGUCGUCUCUUCAACUGUGACCUCAUCGCCUUUCCCAGGUUCCUUCGUCCUGUUUUCGCAGGUCAAUUGAACUACCGUUUUUUUUUUCAAACUAUUCUCGCCCUUUGGGCUAUCUACAUACCAUUUACUCUUCUUGGCCCUCUUCGAACAUUGUUUGCACAGUUUCAGCUGUACUAUUUGCCUCACUAGCAGCGACAUAGGACCGACAGAUCUGUUUUGCCCUCGCGCCAAAGCAAUACCACUGCGCCCACCAAUUGACCCUCGCGACUACCUGCUUCAUUAGCCAAAUCCCAUCAGCGCUCUGUCGUCUCAAUCCCUCCCUGCCUGCAUCCUGUGCGACCAGAGA